AAGCCAGGCGUAUUUUCCCAGAACUACUAGCCAACACCAAGUAUGCAGAUUCAACAUGGUGAUAAUGCUUUUUGUCUUAAAGUCUCCUAAAAAUUUUGGAGGUCUUUAUCCGUGCAGUUUAGAUACUGGAUGGACACCAAGAUUCAUAAUUGUACCGAUUAUUGACAAUUAUGAAUCUAUAUUCCUUUUUGCAAUGUCAAACUUCACCUAGGUCUUAAGCAGCAUUCUACCUGUUCAGAGUAAGCCUUUUCUUAUUCCCAUCCUGUUUAUACACGUUUAGAAUCCCCAAUUGUUUUAUGGAAAAUGAUCAUUCAAGUUAAAAAUCAAGUUUGAAAUUAGUGCUUCACUGUGAAUGUUCAUUUGGAAUUCAAAGCCUUAGCAAUGACAUAAAAACCCUCAAAAUUCAAUUAGGUUUUGAUUUUGAUGUGAAUCUUUUCUGUAGAAGAAAAAAAAAACCUAUCAAAUUACUCACAGCCCGUGCCUUUCCAAAAAUUGUUUCGGGCUCACUCUAAAAAAAUUUAGGAGGCAAACAAUCUGUAUCUAAUAAGUAAUAAUUAUUUUGAAGGAAACUGGGUAGUACAAUUUUUUUUUCUGUGCAAGAUAAAAGAACAGUAUUGACUUAAAGUGGAAAACCAAUCGAGGGAACAUAUUAAAAUGAACAGGGCGGGUCCUGGACAGUGAUGUCAACAGAGCUACCAAUAAGGUUCCCGUGCUAAUUUUCCUGUGUGGGCCAAUGAAAACGGGGCUCGCUCGCCUUAUAUAUACGUACUCCGGCAACGGAGCAUUAGGCUUUGCCAAAAUUUCAUCUUCUUUUUGUAUAAGCUAUGGCUCGUACUAAGCAGACCGCUCGCAAGUCCACCGGCGGCAAGGCCCCGCGCAAGCAGCUGGCCACCAAGGCCGCCCGCAAGAGCGCCCCGGCCACCGGCGGCGUGAAGAAGCCGCACCGCUACCGGCCCGGCACCGUGGCGCUGCGCGAGAUCCGGCGCUACCAGAAGUCGACCGAGCUGCUGAUCCGCAAGCUGCCGUUCCAGCGUCUGGUGCGCGAGAUCGCGCAGGACUUCAAGACCGACCUGCGCUUCCAGAGCUCGGCCGUCAUGGCGCUGCAGGAGGCCAGCGAGGCCUACCUGGUGGGUCUGUUUGAGGACACCAACCUGUGCGCCAUCCACGCCAAGCGCGUCACCAUCAUGCCCAAGGACAUCCAGCUGGCUCGCCGCAUUCGCGGGGAGAGGGCUUAAAUUUUCUCUGGUUGUGUUCUUCCCCAAAGGCUCUUUUCAGAGCCACCACAUUUCUCACUAGAGAGGCUGAUUGCACUAAGCAUCCCAGGAUAUCAACUUGUAUUGAUGUAACAUUGUACUACAGAAUCUUCGGAAAGUAGACUUAAGUUUCCCUUAAGAUUUAGUUAAUAACAUUCCGUGACACAGAAAGAGGCAGUUCCCCAGCGAUUAAAUCACUGAUUUCU